CCGCCGCGCUCGCCCAGAGUACGGAAGCCGAGAGGGCCCGGCGCAGCCAUGGCGGCGCACCUGAAAAAGCGGGUGUAUGAGGAGUUCACGAAAGUGGUUCAGCAACAGCAGGAGGAAAUCGCCACCAAGAAGCUCCGACUGACAAAGCCUAGCAAGUCUGCCGCCCUCCACAUCGACCUGUGCAAAGCCAACUCCCCAGCAGACGCUCUGCAGUACCUCCUCCAGUUUGCCAGGAAGCCGGUGGAGGCCGAAAGCGUGGAGGGGGUAGUCAGGAUUCUCCUGGAGCAUUAUUAUAAGGAAAAUGAUCCAUCUGUGAGACUGAAAAUUGCGUCACUGUUGGGCUUGUUAUCAAAGACGGCAGGAUUCUCUCCAGACUGCAUAAUGGAUGAUACCAUUAACAUCCUACAGAAUGAAAAGUCUCACCAAGUCUUGGCUCAACUGUUAGACGCUCUGCUUGCAAUAGGCAGUAAACUACCAGACAAUCAAGCUACCCAGGUGCGCUUAGUGGAUGUGGCCUGCAAGCACCUGACAGAUACAUCCCAUGGUGUUAGAAAUAAGUGCCUGCAGUUACUUGGCAACCUUGGCUCUUUGGAGAAAAAUGUCACAAAAGAUGCUGAAGGCUUAACUGCCAGAGAUGUCCAGAAGAUCAUCGGGGACUACUUUAGUGACCAGGACCCACGUGUCAGAACAGCAGCUAUAAAAGCCAUGCUGCAGCUCCAUGAAAGAGGACUGAAGCUACACCAGACGGUUUAUAAUCAGGCCUGUAAGCUGCUGUCUGAUGACUACGAGCAGGUGCGCAGUGCUGCGGUGCAGCUCAUCUGGGUUGUCAGUCAGCUGUACCCCGAGAGUAUUGUUCCAAUACCUUCUUCUAAUGAAGAAAUUCGCUUAGUUGAUGAUGCAUUCGGGAAAAUUUGCCACAUGGUCAGUGAUGGCUCCUGGGUAGUUCGUGUUCAAGCGGCAAAGCUAUUGGGCUCUAUGGAGCAAGUCAGUUCUCAUUUCCUGGAGCAGACUCUUGACAAGAAGCUGAUGUCAGAUCUAAGGAGGAAACGCACUGCACACGAGCGUGCCAAGGAACUCUACAGUUCAGGAGAGUUUUCCAGUGGCAGGAAAUGGGGAGAUGAUGCUCCCAAGGAAGAAAUAGAUACAGGGGCUGUGAACUUGAUAGAGUCAGGAGCGUGUGGAGCCUUUGUCCAUGGGCUGGAAGAUGAGAUGUACGAGGUUCGCAUUGCUGCUGUGGAGGCUCUCUGCAUGCUGGCUCAGUCUUCACCCUCCUUUGCUGAGAAGUGCCUUGACUUCCUAGUUGACAUGUUUAAUGACGAAAUUGAGGAAGUGCGUCUGCAGUCCAUACAUACCAUGAGAAAAAUCUCCAACAAUAUCACCCUCCGAGAAGACCAGCUUGAUACCGUCCUGGCCGUAUUAGAGGACUCGUCCAGGGAUAUUAGAGAGGCCCUCCAUGAACUCUUGUGCUGUACUAACGUUUCAACAAAGGAAGGCAUUCAUCUUGCCCUGGUGGAGCUGCUAAAAAACCUAACCAAGUACCCUACCGACAGGGACUCCAUAUGGAAGUGCUUGAAGUUCCUGGGGAGCCGGCAUCCGACCCUUGUGCUUCCUUUGGUGCCAGAGCUCUUGAGCACCCACCCGUUUUUUGACACAGCUGAGCCAGACAUGGAUGACCCGGCGUACAUUGCAGUUUUAGUUCUUAUCUUCAAUGCUGCUAAAACCUGCCCUACAAUGCCGGCGCUGUUCUCGGACCACACCUUCAGGCACUACGCCUACCUGCGAGACAGCCUCUCUCAUCUUGUUCCUGCCCUGAGGUUGCCAGGGAGAAAACUGGUGUCAUCAGCCGUCUCUCCUGCCAUCACCCCCCACGAAGACCCUUCCCAGCAAUUCCUGCAGCAGAGCCUCGACAGGGUGUACAGUGUUCAGCACCUAGACCCGCAGGGGGCCCAGGAGCUGCUGGAGUUCACCAUCAGAGAUCUGCAGAGACUUGGAGAACUUCAGUCUGAAUUGGCAGGGGUGGCCGACUUCUCUGCCGCCUAUCUUCAGUGUCAGCUGCUCCUUAUUAAGGCUUUGCAGGAGAAGCUGUGGAAUGUGGCUGCCCCCCUAUAUCUAAAGCAGAGUGAUUUGGCCUCAGCAGCAGCAAAACAGAUCAUGGAAGAAACCUAUAAAAUGGAGUUUAUGUACAGCGGGGUGGAGAAUAAGCAGGUGGUGAUCAUACACCACAUGAGGCUCCAGGCCAAAGCCUUGCAGCUGAUAGUCACUGCACGGACCACGAGAGGAGUUGACCCCUUAUUUGGAAUGUGUGAAAAGUUUUUACAGGAAGUGGAUUUUUUUCAGAGGUGCUUCGUUGCCGAUUUGCCCCAACUUCAUGACAGCUUUGUGGACAAACUUCUUGAUAUUAUGCCCCGACUCAUGGCGUCUAAACCUGUGGAAGUGAUCAAAAUUCUGCAGACAAUGCUGCGGCAGAGCGCCUUCCUCCAUCUCCCGCUCCCAGAGCAGAUCCACAAAGCCUCGGCCACCAUCAUCGAGCCCGCAGGCGAGUCAGACAACCCUUUGCGGUUUACAUCUGGGUUGGUGGUAGCCUUGGAUGUGGACGCAACCCUGGAACAUGUACAAGACCCUCAGAACACUGUUAAGGUCCAGGUCUUGUACCCCGAUGGCCAGGCUCAGAUGAUCCACCCGAAGCCAGCAGACUUUCGGAACCCUGGCCCUGGCCGGCACCGUCUCAUCACUCAGGUGUACCUCUCCCACACUGCCUGGACAGAGCCAUGCCAAGUGGAAGUGCGGCUGCUGCUGGCCUACAGCUCUGGUGCACGCAUCCCAAAAUCUCCACGGAUGGAGGGUGGCGAGAUGCCACCACAGGUGGAGACCAGCACUGAGGGCACCAUCCCGUUCAGUAAGCCCGUGAAAGUUUACAUAAUGCCCAAGCCUGCAAGACGCUGACCCCAACCAGUUUACACAGCCAUGGCCUAGAAGCCCUUUCUAGAUACCCGUGUGCAGAAGCCUGGUGCGUCACCUGGAAGAGAGUGGGCAUGAAGAAAAUGCCAGCCUUACAAUUCCUUUCAGCAUCGUACACAGGGUCAAUCAUUUUUACAUUAAUAGCAGAAAUAUUCUGGUUGAUCUCUUCCGUUCCCAUAAUAAAGUUGAGA